AACUGUAUUUCAAAAACCUGUCCAAACAGAAACAGAAGCAAGUCAUGGAGAAGCAUGGGAACAACCGGAAGCUCCGGGUUUGUGUUGCUACGUGCAACCGGGCUGAUUACUCCAAGUUGGCCCCGAUCAUGUUUGGCAUUAAAACGGAACCACAGUUCUUCGAGCUCGAUGUUGUGGUUCUGGGCUCCCACCUGAUCGAUGACUAUGGUAACACAUACCGCAUGAUCGAACAAGAUGAUUUUGACAUCCACACCAGACUGCACACGAUAGUGCGAGGAGAAGACGAGGCGGCCAUGGUGGAAUCUGUAGGCCUGGCCUUGGUCAAGCUCCCAGAUGUGCUCAACCGCCUGAAGCCCGACAUCAUGAUCGUCCAUGGCGACAGGUUCGAUGCCUUGGCACUGGCGACGUCAGCCGCCUUGAUGAAUAUUCGGAUCCUUCACAUCGAGGGUGGAGAAGUCAGCGGGACCAUAGACGACUCCAUCAGGCACGCUAUCACCAAGCUGGCCCACUACCACGUGUGCUGCACGAGAAGCGCCGAGCAGCACCUUAUAUCCAUGUGUGAGGAUCACGACCGCAUCCUCCUGGCUGGCUGCCCUUCGUACGAUAAGCUGCUAUCUGCCAAAAAUAAGGACUACAUGAGCAUUAUCCGCAUGUGGAUAGGUGAGGAUGUGAAACCAAAGGAUUAUAUAGUCGCUUUGCAGCAUCCUGUGACCACAGACAUUAAACAUUCCAUAAAGAUGUUUGAACUGACAUUAGAUGCUCUCAUCUCCUUUAAUAAGAGGACCUUGGUGUUAUUCCCAAAUAUCGAUGCAGGGAGCAAAGAAAUGGUUCGGGUAAUGAGGAAGAAGGGUGUCGAGCACCACCCGAAUUUCCGAGCGGUGAAGCAUGUUCCGUUUGACCAGUUCAUUCAGCUUGUGGCUCACGCUGGUUGUGUGAUCGGGAACAGCAGUUGUGGUGUGCGAGAAGUUGGGGCGUUUGGAACCCCUGUCAUCAAUCUGGGAACGCGCCAGAUAGGGAGAGAAACAGGGGAAAACGUCCUGCAUGUUCGUAAUGCUGACACCCAAGAUAAAAUACUGCGAGCCUUGCAUCUCCAGUUCGGCAAACAAUACCCUUGUUCAAAGAUAUAUGGAGAUGGAAAUGCCGUUCCAAGAAUCUUAAAGUUCCUCAAGUCUAUUGACCUCGGAGAACCCCUUCAGAAGAAAUUCUGCUUCCCUCCUGUCAAGGAAAACAUCUCCCAAGACAUUGACCACAUAUUGGAAACCCAGAGUGCCUUGGCAGUAGAUCUGGGCGGAACAAACCUCCGGGUAGCAAUAGUCAGCAUGAAGGGUGAAAUAGUUAAGAAAAAUAGCCAGCUGAACCCCAAAACCUAUGAGGACAGAAUAGAAUUGAUCCUUAAGAUGUGUGUAGAGGCUGCCUCAGAAGCUGUAAAUCUGAAUUGCAGAAUUCUGGGUGUGGGCAUUUCUACAGGUGGGCGAGUCAACCCCCGAGAAGGCAUCGUUCUCCAUUCCACAAAACUUAUCCAGGAGUGGAGCUCUGUCGACCUGCGGACUCCGAUAUCAGACACUUUGCACUUGCCGGUGUGGGUGGACAACGACGGCAACUGUGCUGCUUUGGCAGAGAGAAAAUUUGGGCAUGGUAAAGGAGUGGAAAACUUCGUAACCCUCAUCACUGGGACAGGUAUUGGCGGCGGAAUCGUUCACCAAAAUGAAUUGAUCCACGGAAGUUCUUUUUGUGCUGCGGAGCUCGGUCACAUCAUGGUGGCCUUGGAUGGCCCCGAGUGCCUUUGCGGGAGCCACGGCUGUAUAGAGGCCUAUGCUUCCGGGAUAGCCUUGCAGAGAGAAGCUAAGAAACUACAUGAUGAGGAUUCAUUGUUAGUGGAAGGUAUGUCUGUAAAGAAGGAAGAGACGGUAACUGCUGCACAUCUCAUCCAGGCCGCUAAACUGGGAAAUCCAAAAGCUGAGCACAUCAUUAGAACAGCGGGAACAGCUCUGGGGCUUGGAGUUGUGAACAUUCUGCACACCAUCAACCCCUCACGUGUGAUCCUUUCCGGCAUCUUGGCGAGUCACUAUGUCAGCGUUGUCAAAGACGUGAUCCAUCAGCGGGCCUUGUUCUCUGUGCAGACGGUGGACGUGGUUGUCUCGGACCUGGCGGAUCCCGCCUUGCUGGGGGCCGCUAGCAUGGUCCUGGAUUACACCACACGCAGGAUAUAUUAGGCAAGACGAGAG